GGUUCCGGGCUGUCCCCUCCCCCACGUGGAGCAGUGCCCUGACUAAGCCCGGAGCUGCCGGGUGCGGCGAUGCGGCCCCUGACGGAGGAGGAGACCCGGGCCCUGUUCGAGAAGCUCGCGAAAUACAUUGGCGAGAACAUCCAGCUGCUGGUGGACCGGCCCGACGGCUCCUACUGUUUCCGCCUGCACAAGGACCGGGUUUACUACGUCAGUGAGAGAAUCUUGAAGGUGGCGACCAGUAUCCCUGGGGACAAGCUGGUGGCACUGGGCACCUGCUUUGGGAAGUUCACCAAGACCCAGAAGUUCCGGCUCCACGUCACUGCCCUGGAUUACCUUGCUCCCUAUGCCAAGUAUAAAGUGUGGGUGAAACCUGGAGCAGAGCAGUCCUUCCUUUAUGGGAACCACGUGCUGAAAUCUGGCCUAGGCCGCAUCACCGAGAACACAGCUCAGUACCAGGGUGUGGUGGUGUAUUCCAUGGCCGAUGUUCCUCUGGGUUUUGGAGUAGCAGCAAAGUCUACCCAGGACUGCCGGAAAGUGGACCCCAUGGCGAUCGUAGUGUUUCAUCAGGCUGACGUUGGGGAGUACGUGCGGCAUGAGGAGACACUUACUUAAAGGGCAGCCAGCAGCACAAGGCUCUGAGGACUCAGCUGCACGUGGCAAGGGAGCAUGUUGUGAGAUCAGAACUCAAAGCAGCAGCAGGGAGCGCUGCUGUGGAGGAUUACAGACCAGUCUACCUGUGACUUAGUCGUAACUAUUGUGAGCUCUGAGGAGUGCCUGUCCCAGCCUGAAGGAGACAGAAAACAAGUUUUAUGUAAUCCCUAUCUAAUAAAAACCAUGUUGGUGUGGCUUAGUGAAAGAACUCAGCUACUUGGUCCUAAGCCCUGCCCAGGAACAGCUCUUACGCUCACAGACUAAAGGCAGUUUUCUCAGUAGUAGCU